CGCGCCAGUUGCCCUGCGCCCGCGCAGAACGUACCGCGAACGUCGCGGUCUAUUGCUUUUCGUAGAGAAAAUUGUGAUUCGGUACUACAAUGGCGUCAGAAGUGAACGAGUGGUACAGAGGCAGAAAAGUGCUCGUUACUGGUGCCUCGGGGCUAAUGGGGAAGGUUCUAAUUGAGAAACUUCUAUACAGCGUGCCUGACAUUGGCUGCGUUUACGCACUCGUGCGCAGCAAACGCGGGAAGACGCCUGAAUCGCGAAUUGAGGAUAUGUGGAAAUUACCUCUAUUCUCAAGAAUAAGGGAAGAAAAACCGCAUGUCAUGAAGAAACUCGUGCCGGUUACCGGGGACAUCCUCUAUGACAACCUUGGCGUCGAAAAGGAUCAGCUAGAGAAAAUAUACGACGAGGUGUCGGUGUUGUUCCACUUCGCUGCCAGUCUUCGGCUAGAGGCUCCUUUAAAGGAGGGCCUUGAAAUGAAUACCAAGGGAACGCUUCGAGUUUUGGACGUGGCUAAGAAAAUAAAGAACCUUUUAGCCUUUGUACACUUGUCAACAGCUUUCUGCUACCCUGAUUACGAGAGAAUGGCUGAAAAGGUUCACGAUCCACCAGCGAAUCCUCAUGACGUAUUACGAGCUGCGAGUUGGUUGUCAGACGAUCAGCUUAAUCUUCUAGCACCAUCUAUGAUGCAGAAGCAUCCGAACUCGUACACUUACUCCAAACGCCUAGCUGAAGCACUCGUCAAGGAGAGCUAUCCUCAAAUACCAGCCGUUGUAGUUCGCCCAAGCAUCGUGACACCAUCAUACAAAGAACCGACUCCUGGUUGGGUAGAUAACCUUAACGGGCCAAUAGGAUUGAUGAUCGGAGCCGGUAAAGGGGUUAUUAGAACAAUGCAUUGCUACGGGCAUUACCACGCGGAGGUCAUCCCUGUAGACAUCGCUAUUAAUAGUAUUAUACUCAUCCCUUACUACAUUAAUACGAAAAUUGAAAGACCGGCCGAAAUCCCCGUCUUUAAUCUUACAUCGGGAGAUGAUAGAGACACAACGUGGAAGGAGGUCCUGGAUGUCGGGAAGGCAACUGUCCGUAAAUUUCCAUUCGAAGGGCCGCUUUGGUAUCCAAAUGGAAACAUAAGGCAUAGUAAAUUAAUCCACGAAUUGUGCGUUUUCUUCUACCACAUCAUUCCAGCCUACCUCAUAGAUUUCUUGAUGCUUAUAUUCGGGCAAAAAAGGUUCAUGGUUCGCAUACAAAAUCGUAUAUCCGUCGGUCUGGAGGUGCUUCAGUACUUUACGACCCGUGAAUGGUGGUUCGACACACACAAUUUUAAGGCUCUGGCAACUAAACUGAACCAAACCGACUUCGCAACUUUCCCUAUGGACUUAGCUAUCAUCGAAGUUGGACCGUAUAUAGAGAGUUGUAUGAUAGGCGGUAAACUGUACUGUUUGAAGGAAAAGUUAGAAAAUCUACCGAAAGCAAGGCUACAAAAUAAUAUAUUAUUCCUCUUGGACCUAUUCGUCUCUGCGUUCUUCUACCUAUUUCUUCUUUACUGGCUCGUUCAUUUCUUUGAACCAUUACGUGUGAUACUAAGUUACGGAGGCCCGUUUGUUAGAUACCUACCAUUGGUAGGAAACGCUGUGUUUAGAGAUGCGUAAAAACAAUAUAUUUCAGUGCAGGGUUCUCCAAAAUAUUUAGCGUUAGGACUGGACUGUGAUCCAUUUAGUCCUAAGAACCGAGACCUGAGAAAAUUAUCAAUACUGUUCAGCUUUUUACCGCGCGACUGAUUUGAUAUUUAUCAAAUAUAUUGUAUAUUCCUGUUUUAUAUAAUUUUACGUAACGAAAAUGUAUUACUCUAAUUAAUUGUAAAUAUAUUUACCAAAUGCAUUGCAGUAAUAAUUUUAAGUGUAUAGAUUCAUGAUUUAAAUCUAAUAUAUCAUUAUUGCUAGCUUUCGUACUUAUUAAUAAACGUUCUGUAGCGAACGAGGCGAGACGCGACGAUUUCUCUUUCUGUCAUUAGUGACUUGACAGUCGAAAGAAGAAGACAGAAAAUUGUGUAACUAUAUAACCACUGCACGGCGUUUAUUAAUAGUAUAUUAAUAUUAAUUGCUGGUGUUACUUUGCUCAAAAAUAGAAUAGUAAAUAGAUCAAACAUAUCUAGUAUCAAUUGUUUUAAUUAUAUCAAUUAUGAAUUAUAUAUUCGUAACUAGUUGAACAUGAGUACUCAAACAUAUGUGUUUUGAUAAAAUCAGAGUAAAGGGUCAUCAUAAGUCAGUAGCAAAUGAUAUCGAAGACCUUUAAGACUAUAAUAACAUACUCGGAUCAACAAUUGUGUCUUUUAAUCAAAAUAUACUUAUUUCUUCGUAUCCAGUGGGAGUUAAAAAUAUUUUGACGGUUUUUAUUUUUUUUUCAUUCAUGAUUUGUCAAUCAAUGGCCAUUAUCAUAUAGCUUAUUUAAUUCGUUUUACGUCAGAUUUUUUAAUUAUAAAUUAUUAAAAGUAUGUUUUGUCACUACCAAACGACCACAGAUAAUAAAAAUAAGCCUACAAUAUUAUUCUAGUAUUGUAAAAUUAUUACAUUAAUGCAAAUAAAUAAACUACGAUUCAUAAUAUUACUAUGUUUAAAAUUUUAUGAUCUGUUUAUGCAAUGGCACAACCACAUAUUACCAUUAAA